AGAAGAAGAAGAAGCCAUGCGCUAAGAGGAAAUAGAAGACGGGAGGUUUUAUGGAAAGACUCUGUCACGAUUAGUGGGAAGAAGAAGAAGAAGCAGCAGCAAGACCGUCAAGCUUCCCAGACAAGAGCAGACGUUCGACCCUACACCAGCACCACCUUCGCCACCCACCGGCACCGACACCGACACCGAGCCACUGGGUCUGCACCCGGCCGCGCGGUACCGACGGACACCUCUGCUGCCUGCGCACACGCUCACUGAGCGAUUACAGAGGGAGAAAGAGAGAGAACAGGAGAGAGAGUGAGAGAGAGAGAGAGAGAGAGAGAGAGCGAGAGAGAGAGAGAGCGAGCGCUCGUAGUUCUCCAUGACAUUGUGGAGACUCCCAGCGUGUACUGUAGAUGACUUUUUUCCCCUCCCAGCGGCGUCCUCUGCUAAGUUGCGCUCCUGGAUUUUAAGUGCGCGCUCGAGCGACUGUCUCCCGUCCAGUCAGUGCUGCGCUGUCCCGUCCGGACCCGGAGCCCGACCCCGACCCACCGGCGGACCUGCUCCUCGCUGCUCGUAACCUUCCUCCACGUUCGCAACAGACGGAUGCGUUUUCUGGCUUCUUAAAGUACAGAUGCUGGAAUCUUUGAGUUGAUUGGAACAAAUAGAAAACCGGUGAGAGAGCGAGAGAGUGAGAAAGAAAGAAGAGGAAGAGCAAAGAGAAAGAAGAGGAAAGAAAAGAGAGAAGCAAGCAUAAAGUUCGUUGGGAAGAGGAGAGAAAGAAAGCGACGGGGACGAUGGGGAGGAAAAAGAUUCAGAUCACGCGGAUUAUGGAUGAACGCAACAGACAGGUGACAUUUACAAAGCGAAAGUUUGGCCUAAUGAAGAAAGCCUAUGAGCUGAGUGUGCUGUGCGACUGCGAGAUCGCCCUGAUCAUCUUCAACAGCACCAACAAGCUGUUCCAGUACGCCAGCACAGACAUGGACAAGGUCCUGCUCAAAUACACAGAAUACAACGAGCCCCAUGAGAGUAGAACCAACUCGGACAUUGUGGAGACGUUGCGAAAGAAGGGCCUAAAUGGCUGUGACAGCCCCGACCCCGACGCAGACGACUCGGCUUUGAGCAAGAAGGAGAACAAAGGUGGCGAGAGCCCGGAGCUUGAAUCCACUCUCAUCCUCACCCCGCGAACUGAGGAGAAAUACAAACAGAUUAAUGAGGAGUUUGAUCACAUGAUUAAAAGUCAUAAAAUUCCUGCCAUGCCGCCGUCCAACUACGACAUGCCCGUGUCCAUUCCCGUCAGCAACCAGAACAAUCUCAUCUACAGCCAUCCCGGUGGCUCCCUUGGAAACCAUAACCUGUUACCGCUGACACACCAUGGACUACAGAGAAACAGCAUGUCACCUGGAGUUACUCACAGACCCCCCAGUGCAGGUAACACAGGUGGCCUCAUGAGUGCUGACCUUGCCACUGGCGCAGGCACCAGUGCUGGAAAUGGAUAUGGCAAUCACCGCAACUCCCCCGGUCUGCUGGUCUCUCAGGCCGGCAUGAACAAGAACAUGCAGGCAAAGUCACCCCCGCCCAUGAAUUUAGGCAUGAACAACCGCAAACCCGACCUCCGUGUGCUCAUCCCGCAUGGCGCCAAGAACAACAUGCCCUCGAUUUCUGAGGAUGUCGAUCUGCUAUUGAACCACACUAACCUCCCAGUCAUGCCCAGUCACUUGCAGAAGCAUACUCACCACACUCUCCAGGACAAGCAUCAGUAUUCCCUGAACAGUGCAGACUUGUCCUCACUGUCUGGCUUCAACAGCGGCAGCUCACUGCACCUGGGCUCAAUGAGCGGCUGGCAGCAGCAACACCUUCAGAACAUGCAGCAUUCAGCCCUCGGACAGCUCGGAAAUUGCUCUAGCUCUCACUUAUGUCAGGGUUCAAAUCUCUCCCUGCCCUCUGCUCAAAGCCUGCACAUCAAGUCCGAACCUGUUUCUCCUCCUAGAGAUCGCUCCAGCAGCACACCGGGGGGUUACGGUGGUGGUGGUGUAGUACCUCCCCAGAACCCCUCAUCCCGGCAGGACUCGGGACGCUCCCCGGUCGAUAGCCUGAGCAGUUGUAGCAGCUCCCACGAAGGCAGCGACCGCGACGAGCACAGGAACGAGUUCCACUCUCCUCUGGGACUGGCCCGGCCUGCCCUGGACGAGCGCGAGAGCCCCUCCAUCAAGCGGGUGCGCCUGUCCGAGGGCUGGGCCACAUGAUAGCGCGGCCCUCUCCCCAACAUAACGAACCCCCCCUCCCCCCUUAACAUCAUCAACAACAGUCCUCUGUCAGUACCACAAUCAUCUGACAACCCCUCUCAAAAGUCUACAACCAGUUGUUGUUUUUUUUUUUUUUUUUGCUGAGUGCGUGCUUGUGCUAUACAUAUGACAUCACAUAAAGCGGUGGGCUCUUGUUGAUGUCAAUCAUGGGGUGGGGGGGUCUUUUUAUUCUGUUUUCAGUUGGGGAACAAUGCAUAAAUUGCAAUAGCAAAUGCAUAUAUCUUUACACAGGUGUACAUAUAUGCAUAUCGCCAAUAACAAUAGUCAGGUACUCUGUUUCAUACAAAUUACAAUUCACCACAGAGAAUCAUCAGUGACUAGAAAAGAAAAAAAAAAGAGGAGCAUCAACAUGAGAUUGAGUGUGUGAGGAUAACACGCGUGUGUACAGUGUCAGUUUCAUCGCUAUGUUCCGUCUCCCUUGCAAAAACAAGUGUGUGUUAACAUUAGAUGAUGUCAUGUUGCAGGUUCAACGUAUUUAUGUAAAUAGAGGUCGAAAGUGGGGUAAAGAAGUUGCCGGACAUUUCAAGAUUUAUUUACUCGCUAAAGGAAAAGCUAAUAUGCAACAUUUGAAGGACUGUACAGGUAAUCGGACCCCCAACAUGUUUGGAACUUUUGGUGUAUAAAAAGUGGGGUGAGGGAGGUGUGGAGUGAGGACCACCCUCUGAUUCAAGAGUCAGUGUAAUCAAGAAGCCUCUGGAUCUAGUAUUAACUAUCAGUAUUAUUAAAGGAGAAAAAAAACAAAAAAAACAAAGAAAAAACAAUUGUACGAUACACUUGCUUAUAUUUUCAUAUGAAAGGAAUACAAUGCAAAGCAUUUUUGUGGCUUUUUGUAGUUUCUAUAAGCCAGAAUGUGUUUUUGAUAGCUUUGCUAAUAAGAGAAGGAUAGUGCACCCCACCUUGUUUGGGGGAUGAACGGGCUUUGGAGCCCUAAGCCAUGAAACAGACUGAGAUCCAAUGCUUUGCUGAACUGUUCUAUCUUUGUAGAAGUUUGUUAUUAAACGUGUAUUUCUAAUUAUAUAUAAUAAUGGUAAUAUUAAGAAUCUUUAAAAAAAAAAAAAAUCUGUGAAAUUAACAUGCUUGUGUAUAGCUUUCUAAUAUAUAAAUAUAUAUAAUAAUAAUUUUUUUGUUGUUGGUUUCUUAGUGGAGUUUUUUUUAUGUGCGGUUGCACAUGUUGUUUGGUUUGUUUUCUUUGAGCCCUGAGCAGAGCUGGUGUAUUUCGUCCAACUUUUUGGGCUCCGACACAAGCAGUCAGUGCGGAAGCGAGGACUGGCGCCCAAUUACGUCUGACCCGAACAUGCAUUUGAUGUCUCACAUGUUUCAUUCUUAAGCUUAAUUAACUUAUUGAACAUGACCUUGGUUUCCCUUAUUCAGCUCUGCACCUCAUCUUGUCAUGUCCAGACUUGAGCUGUACAAUUUCCCCCAUGAGCUAUUUAAGUAAUGAAAUUUUGCAAAUGGAUGUUGGGGAAUAACCCCAUAUCAUCUGCAGACCUAAUUUGAUUCUGUAUCUCCUCACGUUAAAUUGUUUUCAAAUAAAAGAUAACUCACUACAGUUUUGACAGCUACAUAAGGAAAAUUUGAUCGUCAAUCGCUAUUUUCUGCUCGAUAGCUGUUUUGAUUACCCAAACUAGCCACUUAUCGCUGCCUCUGAGACCUGAAUCUGCUGUCAUUUAAGUGUUAUGAUAUUUCAAUGUGCAUAUUUCAUGCAGGUUCACUAUGUUGUUACUGUAUAGUCUGUGCAUUCAAACAGAGGCAGAGCCUCUAUAGCAGUGUUCUUCUCACUCUCCUUUUUUUAAAUUCAAUACAAAAAGGUUGAGAGGGGAAAAUAAAAGAUGUUUGAGGCGUGUGAGUGGAAAAACCAAAGCCAGUGGCAUUUUUGUGUUAUAAAGUUAUUAUUUUCACAUUCAUUCAUGUUUUUAUUUUGCAAUCAUUGAAACGACAAUAAAAAAAAGUUCAAAUGUACAAUUUCUUUCACACUUCAAUUCCACUCAAGUCCAGUUUGACUGUGCGUCAAUGCCAAGAGCAUUUACCACUCUUAUUCAUUGGUUUUUGUGUGUUCUGCGAAGUGCAUGCAUAAAGAAGUCACAUGACAGUUAUUAGCAUCUAUUUAUAUUCACUCCCAUCUUGAGCUUUUGCCAGCAUGUCCCGGUGAUUAAUUAGUUGAAAAUUACCCAAAGACAUGAAGCAUAUUAUUAUUAUCUUUUUUUUUUUUUUUUUUUUUUUUUUUUUUUAAUGGUUGCAUUUAAUUUUAUUCAUCAUCUGUUGAUCAGUUGCUGUGUUGUCGUUGAGAUAAGAGAUUAAAAGUAAAUGCUGGUACCUCCAAAUGACCCGAGCAGUACUUCCGCUGAUGUAUUGUCAAGUCAGUUUGCAGUGCAAAAGGGAGAGCAUCUACCUGUACAGCCAUGUGUAAUAGCAUAUCAUCCCUCUGUUACGCCACACUUUGUGGUUUAUUUAAAUCUUGAAGAAGAAAAAAAAAGGGAUUUUGUUUCUGUUCAAUGCUUAAAUCGUCAGUCUGUAGUGUGAAAUGUAGCUUGUGUCCUCCCAGAGACUGGGGCAGCUUUGGAGAUGUUUUGUGCAGAAUAUGAGCGGCUUUCAGCGGCAUAAGCUGGCCUUUGUCGCCACUUGAGACUCCUGGUGAUGGUGUUCAAUGAAAGUCCACGUGUGUGGAACUCAAGGGACUGGACUGAGCUGUGUGCGGUGGGAUCGCCGAGGGGCUGAAACAUACAAGUCUCCUCUGUUGAGAGGCAGUUGAAUUGUUUGUACUUUGCAGAGAUUUCAGUAAACUUACUGGCUUUCUUAGUUAUCCUCA